CUUCUAUCGGCCAGCGGGGCGCGUGCAGCAGGGGAGAUCCGGGUGUCGGGAGCGAGCAUGACGUGUUCAGCCCAAUGAAAACAGCGACACCGUGACCCCGGCUGGCUGAGUGCUGCUCAGGUGAGUGACCCCGGCUGGCUGUGUGUGAUUUAGGCUAGUGACACUGGCUGCCUGAGUGUGAUUUAGGUGAGUGACACUGGUUGGCUGAGUGGGAUUUAGGUUACUGACACUGGCUGGCUGAGUGUGAUAUGUGAGUGACACUGGCUGGCUGAGUGUGAUAUGUGAGUGACACUGGCUGGCUGAGUGUGAUAUAGGCUAGUGACACUGGUUGGCUGAGUGGGAUUUAGGUGAGUGACCAAGCCCAGAAUGCACAUGUAAGGAGUAGACCUGCAGAGUGACUGACACCCUCAGACUAAUUGCUUCUCAGGGAGGAUAGAACUGCAGAGAGACUGUCCCGUGUUGGCUGGGUGCUGAGUGCUGCUCAGGUGAGGAAAGGUCUGGUAGACUGACAGGGCUAUUAACUAAACUUCGAGCUGUAGGAAAUCCCAGUGUCAGAGUGACCUCCCCCCAGACUGCCUGCCUGCAGAAUGAGAAGAGGUGCCCAGGUGAGGUGGGGCACAGCUCCUAUAUAAGGAGAGCAAACACUGGGUGUCACCUGGCUUUUGUACAUGUCAAUCUUUUAUGUGUUAUAUGAAACAGGAGAGCCAAGUGAACUUUUAAUGUCAAAGUUUCUAUAACAAAUAAGCAUUUAUAAUGUUUUAAUAUUUCUCUUGGCAUGCAACUGUAAUAUGCUCCUGCAUGUCACCAGCUGCUUCCUUAUUCUUCAUGUAUAAUGUAUUGUGUGUAGAGUUUAAGACCUGUGCCUUUUUUAGUAUUAUACAUGUUGGCAGAGAUGAGUUACCUAAAACUCCAGCUGCAGUGGGCCAAGCUGUGGAUUGAAGAACUGAACAAUUUUCAGAAAUCAGGCUAAAAUAGCAAAGCUUUUAUGAUUGUUUCCUUGUUCCUUAACCACAGUAAACAGUUUUGCAGCAUUUACUGAGAUGAAGAAAGCAGCAGAGUCAAGUUAAAAUUAAAAACAAAAUAAACAAACCUCCCUACUGCCAAUGCACUCCUACCUUGUGUGCAACUUCACAUCCCAAUGCUGCCUUGAAAUGCUUAUGUGUCUUUGUGUAUCUAAACAGGAAUGCAAAUUGAGUACAUGCGCACUCUGGCAUAGUCCCAUAUGUUUGCAUGUACCUUGCGUUUCGCACUGCAGAAGUCACAUACAGCACCCCAUCUGAAAGUAUUCAACCUGGUAACGACUGGAUAUUUAUAUUGACCCACAAGAUUCAGCAACUUGGUAGGUUGCAAGAUUAUAUAAAUAUUCAAUGUUUGUGUCAAGGAAAGAAUACAUAUUAAAUGUGUUGUAUGUAAGAGUAUGCUUUUUGCAAGCUGUUUUUAUUAGGUAUGGGCUGGACAGCUGUUUUGGAUUUGACUAUUCUCUUGGCAAUGAAUAAUCCUUAUGCAUUUGGCAAACAAUAUCCCGACACCCGUCAGAUCAAAAUCUUUUACAUUAUCCAGCUGUGUUAAUGUGAACUUUUAUUUUCUUUACAGUUGUAGCUGUCAAGUUGUCAUCAUCAAUGUUCAUUUAAUAUUUUAAUCUUUUGCACUGUAUGGUGAAAAUGAGUUGGGUUCUUUAUUCCAGAACAGAAGAUAAGCAGAAAUGAUCUUAUUUGUUGUUGCUUAAAUGAAAAUGGGAUGUUUGCCUGUAUGACUUUGUGCAAAUACCUUUAAUAUAAGUGACCCCAUUAUUGUAAGUAGUUGAACCUUUUGACUUUUUAAUUGGUGUCUGCUAACUGGCUGAGAGUAAUCAGCAGGAGCACUUCUGGCACCAUAGCCACUACAGCUAACUGCCAAAUUACCACUCCCAUAAUGCUGGCAAAGCAUCAAGGGAGAUGUAGUCCAUAACAUAAGGGGUGCCAAAGGUUGCCAAACCCUGUUCUAGAGGUAUUACUAAAUCGCCAAACGUCACCAUUGUAUAUGCAUGAUUGUAAGUCCGUUAUUUUGUACUAGGUAGUCAAUUUAAAUAACUUCGGUAACGCUACACGGCCCUUAUUUCCUCAACUGUUUCAGUUUGUGUGUUAUACAAAUGAGUGUAUCCUUCAGCUGUAUUAAUUAACAGUAACUUUUAUUGAAAUCCUAUAUACGUACAUAUAAACAACCCACAAAUAAGAUAAAUGUAUUCCCUUAUGUGUAUCACUUUGACUCUUUGUCCCUAAAUUUGUUUUCUAAUAGCAUUCAUCUCCUUUCAAAACCAGCUAAAAACACAAUUUGUUGUUGUGCAUAAUGAAAUUUAAAAGGAAAUCUGCCUAUAUGAUGUGUGUAUAGUCUCCUUUUAUUCUGCAUUUUUGACUAUUAUUGUUCACGUCAUGGUAGCACUUUGAAUUCACUUAGAAUACGGGACAAUGUGUAUCUAGAUACAUAGUAAAGGGGAGCCAGCACUCGCUUUAAAAAAAAAAUAAAAAAAUAAAAUGAUUUGUGUUGAAAUGGAGGACAAACACAGAUGUUUUUCCUUACAUUGACUCCUGUAAAAUAAUAAAGAAACCACAUUCCUAUGUUUAUACAUUAAAACACACAAUGUAUAAUAGACACCAACUCCCAAACACUGUAUUAAACAUAAAUAAAACACAAACAGUGUGGUGUGUAUAUAGCAUGCAGUAUGAAAUUAAAACUCCUCUGUAUAUGACAGAUCUCAACAAAAAAAAUGUGCAUAAAUCUUGCAAAUCUUUUCACUUAAAACAAACAAAAAAGAUAAACAGUGUAAAACCAUACAAAAUGGGUGUAUUGUAUAUAAAACUCAAACAUACAGCCACCGAAGUGGCUAAAAGCGCGCGUAGAUAGGUCCCAAAAACCUGUUCAAAAAGCUAGAAUGGGUGGCUUGGCUGCAAAUGGAGUAGGACGCAGGCACUAAGAGCUCCUAGGCCCCAACCUGCCGAAGCCCCUUACACACAGCAAUAACUAACCGGUAACAUGGGGAAAACGAAACGAGGGGUCACCACUGGUCAAGCACAGACCUCCACAGGUCAUCUAACAGGGCCGAUGGACGACUACUGAGCGCACGUGGCUCAGACAACAUGGCGCCCUCGUCCCCAGGACUAAGUAGCCAGAAAGGCUCCAAACGAGACUCCGCAACCCGAGACUCCCCGAGGAGAGAUGUUCUUACACAGCUGUCGGCGGACCUGGCGACGAUCUCGGCGAAUAUGCUCACCCGAAGCGACAAGACAGAACUCAUUGCCGAGCUCCGAUCCGCCAUCCGUGAGGAAAUCACAGCCGUGAGAAGGGACCUCACGGUGCUGGAACAAAGAGUAGAUGACUUGGUAGUUCACAGACUACAAUCAACCCAGCACCAACGGGCAACGGACCUGGCCACCACAAGGCAAGGUAUUGCUCGACCUAAGAUGCCAGGUAGAAAACCUUGAUAAUCGAGGUAGACGCAAUAACAUACGCGUCAGGGGUAUUCCGGAAUUGUAAGGAGAAGCGCCACGAGAGCUGCUGGAGGGCCUGUUCGCCCAAAUCCUGGGGGGAUGAGGCCCCACCAGACUUCGGGCUGGAAAGAGCACUCAGAGCCCCACGAAGGGAUGGUUUGCCCUGAGACCUGAUCUGCUGCCUCCGGUCGUUCCAGUUGAAGGAGAACAUGAGGGCGGCCAGCGCACAACGCUCAAUCCGGUAUAUGGAUUCGCAUAUAGCAUUAUACCAAGAUUUGUCCACCCUCACCCUAGAAGCACAGAGCCCUGAAACCGGUCACCAGCCUUCUACAGGAGAAGAGGAUCCAGUACAAAAUGGGGAUUCCCGUUUAGCCUGCAAGCCAGAGUUGGGAAUCAAUGGUACGUCCUGUGAUGGCCCAAUGAAAUCCCUCGUUUUCUGCGCUCCGUAGGCCUACCGGACAUGCCUAUCCCAAACUGGAUACUGGAUUGCCUGCCGGCUCGACCAACAGGCCCAACUACACCAGCAGAUAACCUUACGGACGUAGUCCCACCUGGGUCGACCCAACGCAGAGGCGGCCCUGCGACACCAGAGAAAUGAACUGAUGAGGAUCCCCCCGGACGCGGGGCCCCGCGAGACACCCCCAUACACAGGAAACUUAAGUAUCUCAUGGCGUAGAACCGAAUUGCACACUACGCGCCCCCCCUUCCCAUCCAGAGAACUCGCUGUUGCCCAGGUACACCGAGACCGCUCGCCUAGGAACUGACUGAACAGAACACAGACAGCACACGUUUAAUGGACAGGCCAACACCGAGGAAAACUGUAAACGGAAACACACACCCAGGAGCCAGAAGCCGCCCAGAAUUAGGCCCCACGAUUAACACAGACCCGAGAUCACAGCGAGCCUACCUAGUUUAGAGCCCCCCUAAUACAUAACCCACAGGGGACAACAUACACCCCCCGCCAAUGAGCUUCUACAACAACACACUACUUAAUGACCAGAGGCCAGAGCUCAACGUAAUGAAGCCCAGAAUACCCCAAAAAAAACAGGCCUGAAUAUUGGCAAACAUGACCCAGGCCCUAGACAUGCGAGGAGAGGCCCUAAUGAGGCUGUGGCAGGGGCCAAACCGAUAUGAGAGGGCAUAGACUACAGGGUACCAACCAAACGAGAACGUAACAAAGGCCCUGAUGCUACCAACCUCAGGUAGCAUGCUCUAUGGGGUAGAAAAACCUAGUCUGACUCUUUUCCCUAGGGUCCAUUCCCCAAUACUAAGGUAAUUGUAUAACCUGUUCAAACAUGCUUGCAUUUGUUAACCACCCAGUUAAGUUCACAACUUAUGUUAUGUAUAACUAUAGAAAUCCUGGAAAAUCUCAAAUAAAAAAUGAUUGACACAAAAAAGAUAGACUAGCAUCCCAGAAGUUCCUCCACCCCCCGGCUUCAGGUCCGUGGUGUAACUCCUCCUUGGUGUUAGGUGUAAUCCCAAGACGAUAUUCAAGAGCUCAAUCUCUGACCAGUUUCGUCUUCCUCAGACCUUCUCAAAGAGAGCUGGUUUGACGAAGUCUCGCCUUGUAAAUCCCUCCCAUCAGCCUCAAUAUAUUGCCAGCCUUGUUCUAUUUGUUGAAAUUCAAGCCCACCAUAAAAAUGGGUACCGGGAUCCAUACUGUUGACCAUUUGUGAUAGCUCAGGUAUUCAGUCAUUGAAAAUACAAAAGUCAAUGCCUGACAACUAGGUCAUCUCAUGGACAGCCCUAAGCUCCGGUCUAAUGGCAUUGAUAGUUCUGAAAAUGUCCACAACUCCAAAAAUAUGGCCGCCAGAGUGCAUCCGCCAAGUCAAAAGAACUUAAUGGGCACAAAGCUUUAAACAGCAAGGACUGAUGAUUAUACCUCCAACAGCUCAAAAUAAAUAGUACAAUGUCCCUAAACCAAACCAUCUAAUGCCCCACAUAAUCUAUGAGGUGCAAAUCCAAAUAUUGUGACGCUAACACAAUAUCCAUAAACCAAACUGUCUUGGUUAAUGCCCCACGUAAUCUGUGAGGUACAAAUAUUAUUAAAACAAAAUAAAAAAUUAUAUAUAAAUAUUAUAUCUUCUGUUUAACUUAAUUUAAUUAAAAAACAUACAAUGUGAAAACAUACACUUCAUAAAAAAUAUGUUUUAUAAAAGACAAUGGAAAAAAAAACUUGCUAAAAACACGUUUGAAAACACAUGAACAUAAAAACACUCAAAUAAAGGGAGAAUAAAAAAUGUAAAAGCUUGAUUGGUAAAUUACAUAAAAACCAUAAUGUCAGCAUUAAGACCCUUACCCCAAAAGGUUUUAAACUUAUGGAUCCACAUUGUUUCAAGUUGGCAUACUUUUGAAAUAGUUUCAUUUCCUCAUAUCUUUUCAUCGAGAUCUGUUCCCAUGCAUUAAAAAACUGUUUCAAAUCAAAAAGUGCACAAUUAUUACAGUGUUUAGGUUCAGUGUGUGUUAUGUUUUUAUUAGCAAUAGAUCCAGUGGCGUAGCUAGAGCUUUUGCCGCCCCUAUCUUGACCUACGUCAUGUCCGGUGCAGUCGCGGACAUCCGUGGCUGCACCAGAUGUACCUCUUUUAAGUACUCAACGCUUCUAGCCCAACACGGUUUACAAGCUUUUUUUAAGAUAUACACCCAAUGAAUACAUGCCUGAAAAAUUCAUGCAUGUAAUUCACUGGGGGCAUAUAGAGUAAACAGUAAUUUUAUGGGGGAAGAGGGUGGCCCAUUUGAGCAGAGUUUUCCUUUUAAAUAAUUGUUUCUGAAGCAUUUCAGUAUAUUUAACUUUUUAUUGGUGUGAAAGGAACUAAAACGAAUUUAUUUAUUUUUUUAAAUAAAUAUUUUUUUUUUAAAUUUAAGCGCCUUAAAAUACUUUUCUUUUUUGUCAGGGAGGGAAGGGGUGUGUGGAGGGUGCAAGGAGGGGGACUAUGGAGGGAUGGGGAGGCGGGCUGUGCAGGGAGGGAGGGGUCUAUGGAGAGUGCAGGGAUUGGGGUCUGUUGGAGUGCAGGAAAGAUGUAGGAUUUGUGCACCGGGGAGAGGGAAGAGGACUGUUAGGGAGGCAGAGGGACUGACAGUGCAGGGGAGGCAGAGAGGGGGAUCUGUGCAGGGAGGGAGAUGGACUGUCAGAGUGCAAAGAGGGAUGGCUGUACAGGGAGGGAGAGGGACUGUCAGGGUGGCAGCUGGGAGGGGAUCUGUACAGGGGAGUGAGGGGACUGUCAAGGUGCAGGGAAGGCAGGGGGAGAGGAGAUCUGUACAGGGGAGGGAGAUUGGCAGGGGGAGAGGGGAUCUCUACAGAGAAGGAAGAGUGACUGUCAGGGUGCAGGGGAGGAAGGGGACUGUCAGGGAGGAUGGGGAGAGGGAAUCUGUGCAGGCGAGGGAGGGGAACUGUCAGGGAGUGGGGGGGAAGGGAUCUGUACAAGGGAGAAAAGGGAGAAGGGAUCUGUGCAGGAGGGGGACUGUCAGGGUACAGGGGAGGAGGGGGGGAUCUGUGCAAGUGAGGGGGGAUCUAUGCAGGUGAGGGGACUGUUAGGGAGACAGGGGGAGAGGAGAUCUGUACAAGGAUGGGGGCUGUGCAGAAGGAGGGGGCUGCGCAGGGAAGAGCAUACCUGGUGCCUCUUCACUCCGCAGGACAAGACAGGAAGCUAUUCUCCAGAUGUUUUAUGUGUGUUUCACAGAUCAAGUUUAGUAUAACCUACUAUUCCUCAAAAACUGUCCCUUGCGAAUGUUAGCAAUGUUUAUAAAUGACGGUAAAUACUGACAGAGUUGCCAUUAGAAUUGGGCUAUUUGAAGAUAUUGGACAAUCUCAUGCAAAGCUAAACUCUGUAAAUGCAGGAAGUGCCUCUAAUGGCUGUCUGAUACACAGCCAGUAGAGGCAGUCUUAACCCUGAAAUAUAAAUAUUGCAGUUUCUCUAAAGUUUUUUACAUUGUAGGGCUAAGGAGACAGGGACCUUGCACCCAGACCACUGAGAUGAAGUGGUCUGGGUGCCUUUAAGCAUUCUAUUUAUGUAGAGCUAUCUUUUUUUUUUUUUUUUUCAAUAGGAUUAUAAAAUGGCAUAUGUGGCGGUGAUGGAGGAGGCAAUGUGAAAGUUAAUACUUAGCAAACAUUUUAUAAGGAUUAGCUAACUUGAUCUUAAAAAACCUGUUCUGCAAACAUAUGAAUGUGAAAUGGAAAUAGAGACCAGUUCUGAAGCUACUCUCUGGGAUGAAGUACACAAUACACUAGACUAGAGUGCUUUAGUGUACAUUUAAAGAACUAUACACUAUAGCGUUACAGUAUUCAUUAUCAUUUAAAAGGGAUAUUAUUGAAUUUUCUGUCAUGCUGGCAUUUUUCGUCAGAAGUGGGUUUUUCUGAUACCCUUAAGGGGUUAACUUUGCAGUGUAAAUAUUACAGUUUCUACAAGUUUGCAGUAUUUUACAUUGCAGGGUUAAAGUGACAGGACCACUUAUUAAUUUGUUUUUUGUGAGGGAGGGAGUUUAAGCAGAUGUAUUUUGACAGUUAGAACUUUGUAAAACCCCACCAAAAACGGAAUCGUCUAUGCAAACAUUCAUUAUGGUACGCUGCCUUUGACUGUGUUUGUGCUGUGAAGUAGAGAGAAAAAAGUGUCUAAUUGAACAGAGAAUAAUAAAUACUUUCUCCAGGAAAUGAACAACCUCAGUAAUAAUAUAUGCAAAGCAGAAAUGGCUAGCUGUGUGUAUCGAACCACCUAUCUAUAGUGUCUAAAAUGAAUCUGCUCUUUUUAGUAGCAUGCUCUAUAAACUUAAAGGGAUUCUAUAGUGUUAGGAAUACGACUUUGUAUUCCUAACACUAUAGUGCCCUCUGGUUCCCCCCCUCCCUCUAUCCACAAUAUCACACACCUGUCCCCCACUCUGCACAACCAUUACCCCAGGCUGGUUACAUAGUGUGAUCCAUGUUAAAACUUGCUCAAGCAUGUGCUAAUCGCCCAUAGCAUAAAAUACUGUUAGCACAGAGUUGUAGUACCUUGUCGGCUCCUGCAUCUGUUAUUGAACCAGAUUUCCCAUAAUCCUUUGCUAGCCUCCAUGGUUGGUAAGAAACAAUGUGAAAUGUAGUCAAAUAAAGCGGAGCUAAGGUUGAACAAACCUGAGAUAAAUGAAAUGGAAUUUAACUUCAUUAACAUAUCUCACCUGAUUAUUGUUGGCAAUGUAAUUACCUUCUUUUAACAUUGUUAUAAUUGUGGGACAGACUGACUACACAUGCACUUCGGUCAUGGAUUGAAGGUCCAGUGCGGUGAGUGCCCUGCUGCAGCUCUGCGGAAGGGCUCAGCUAGGGAGAUCUCUGGAUCACCUUGACCCCGGUGGGUGGGCACCAGGAAGUAAACUAUAUUCCAUAUUCUACUCUCUGUUGGUCUUAGAAGGCAUAUCAGCAGUGUGGACAGAGGAUUGGUGAGAGAAUGUAAUUUCUUACACUAGCUGCUUCUAUCCACAACUGCAAAGCAACAGUCUCCAUCUGGAUCUCACUUCACAUUACAAGUCUAAAACAUGCAGUAUAAGGAGCAAUAUAGGGGUUAAGGAAAUGUGCACUAAUAGAGUGGGUUAGGGGCAGGGCACACAAUGGGGGUGAGCUAGGUUGGUUGGAUGGAUAGAUACAAGUGGGAGCCAUGAAGGUAUUGGGGGCAGGAGGAUAUGAGGCACAGAAACAUGAAGUGGGCAGACAUACACAGUGGAAAUAAGGGGAGAGAAGCUCCAAGAAGGGAACAUAUGUAAGAGAAUGGGAUGUGGCAAUAUGCAAGUGGGGGUAAUGGGGAGAUAUGCAAGUUAAAGAUAAUAUGGAAAGACUCAAGUGGUGGAGAUACUGAGGGGCAUUAAUGGAGUAUGAUGGACAGAUACGCAAGUGAGGGAAGAGACACCCAAGUGAGGAGAUAUGGGACAGAGGCAGAUGAUAGGAGAAAGGCACAAUUAGGUGAAGAUGGAGAGAGAUACAGUAGUAGUGGUGGAUGAUGAAGACCGACACGUAUGUGUGCUAGGGGAGACCAGGAAGUCCUAUAGAGAAAUUCUUUCAGAAUUGCACAAAUACAAAGCAGUGUUCAAACUACCUAAUAUGUACUCUUAAACUCUCUACACGAAUACACCCUGGCAUUAUUAGACACACUGACACUUCACAAAUACACUUGCACAUGCACACUACUUCCUGUAUUCAUUAACACAAACAAUGAUUCCCCUCUUUCACAUUCUAUCACCACACACCUGUACUUCUCACUACAUUCACUGAAUUCACAGAUUAACUCUAAAUACAUACCUGUGUAUACAAGUUGUGACACUAAGCACAAUAUUCACACACAAACACAUCCCUCAUUCACAUACUACAAUAAAUAUACAGAAAUACAACCCUACAUCGAAACACAUUCUUAAACUACAAAGUACUUAAUUUCUGCAUUUUACAUACAUCACACAGACACACUUAAAUUGACAUUAUACACACAUAAGCGCAUGCAUCCUCACGGUCAGGACAUCUAUUCAUGCUACAUGGUUUUAUACACAUUUCUUCACACUAUACACCAAUAUGAAUAAUUAUUCUAUCAAAUAUUUGCACGCAUAAUAGCCUUGAACUGGUCCACGCCUUAGUUUUGUGCGAGAGCCCAGAUUGCUAUGAGUUUGCGCCUGUUAUUAAAUUGUUAUAUUACUGAAUAUUUGGAGAUUUAUUUCAGCAAAGCUAAGAAAGAAAAAUCACAGAAUUUAAUACUUUUUACACGAUAAUGCUUCCAGUUUUAUGUUGCUAUAUUACUACAAUAGUGUUGCUUGUCACAUAGCAAUCAGGGAGGUUUAGUUUCCAUAGCAGGCCUCAUCUCCUAACAUUACUUUUGACCUUUUAAGGUAUUCAUCUCUGUUGCCAGAACUUUGAGUAGACAUAUAUGUGUCCUUUGCUCAUUGGAGGAAGAAAUUGUACCUGCUGUAAAAUGUAUGUAAACAAUUAGAACACGGGUAUUCAUUAUGCUUGGAUAAAUGUGCACUGUAUUGCGCUGUGAGCAGUAUGCUAAAGAAUCCCUUGCAUUCAGAGUAUGUUGAACACAACAGGUUGCUAAAACAAUUGUAUCCUGCAGCAAAAUUUGGAUUCACACCCAAAUCAAUCGACACGUCUCCUAAAAUUGCAGAGAAUUUAACAGCGAGACUGCAGGGACAUGAUUUAUACACCACAACUGCUUAAUACGCUAAACCAUAAAGCUAAAGUUGUUUUGGUGACUUAAGUGUCAAUUAUACUACCUCUUGUCACUUACUGUUUUUUUUUGUUCUCUUCCUUGCACAAGAUCUCCAUAUCCUGGUGAUACCAUCUGGUUCUACUCUGUCCAUGAUGUCUGUUUGCCCUUGUUGUUGGAUUCUUUUGACUAAUGGAUGGUGGGUUAAGUAGCUUAGCAGCUAAAAUGGAACUUUGCUUAAAGUGGCUCUGUCACUUAACCGAUUUUGUGCUUGGAUUCAACUUUUCUGUCCCUCUAUUUCUCUUUGUUUUGUUUUUUCUCCUUAUACAUAAGAAAAAGUAGAGAUUACGCCCCAAUAGAGAUUACUUUUUCUUAUGGGUAGCGUGAUCUUUGCUUUCAGGGAUAUUAUAGGCACCAACACAACUUCAGCUUAAUGAAGCAGCUUUGGUGUAUAGAUCAUGCCCCUGCUAUCCUAAUGCUCAAUUCUCUGUCAUGUAGGAGUUAAAUCACUUUGUUUAUACAGCCGUAGCUACACCUCUCUGCGUGUGACUCACACAGUCUUUCCAAACUCUUCCUGUAAAGAAACAUCUAAUGUUGAAACGUUAAUUCACAGUCUUUUUAAUUUAGAAUUUCAUAUCCCCUGCUCUGUUAAUAGCUUGUUAGAGCCUGCAAAAGCCUACUGUGUGUGAUUAAAGUUCAGUUUAUAGAGCAGGAGAUAACUUAAGUUUGAUAUCUAAAUGAAACCUUUUUUUUUUUUUUUCUGCAAGCUUUAUCAGUCACAGGCAGGGGUGUGUGACUAGGGUACAUUAAAAAAAAAAAAAGUGAUUUUAGCUCCUAAAAUGGAAGAGAAUUGAGCAGUGAGACUACAGGAGCAAGAUCUAUACACCAAAACUACUGCUUCAUUAAGCUAAAGUUGUUUUGAUGCCUGUAGUAUCCCUUUAAGCUUAGUUGCUUUUAGUGGCUAAGCUAAUUUACCCAAAAUCCAUCAGUCAAAAGAAUCCAAUAGAACCGCAAACUAUAGAUUUAGUGGACAGUGGAGCCCUGCACAAGAACCUGCACAAGGGGGUAAAAAAAUAAUAAAUUUAAAUAAAGGCAAGUGGGGGGCUUGGCUUGCCUGGAUAUGGAGUAGGUCACACAUCGCCGACCCACAAAAGCCCCUUGUAAUAGCGACUACCAUAGCAAAACGGGUAAAACCCAUCGGAUACAGACCCCCGGGACCGUCCCACACAGCCUCCCUGAGAAAUGCUGUGGGCCCGAUGGAUGAUUUCCUUGCCACGCCACAUGGCCUGCGUGGCACACGGGAGCAGGACAAAAUGGAGAAGUCUUUGCCUGAGAGUGUCAGCAACUCCGCGCCCGACUCUGUUGGGAGGGAGAAGCUAUCGCAGAUCUCCGCUGAACUUGCAGCUAUCUCAGCCAACAUGCUGACUAAGGGGGACAAGGCAACACUGGUGGCGGAGCUCCGCUCAGCUAUUCGGGAGGAGAUCGUAGAGCUCAGGAGAGAUCUCGUCACACUUGACGACAGAGUGGAGGAACUGGAUGCUGAACGCACAAUUGCAAUACAGCACAGACAGGCUACGGACCUAGCUGGCACCCAACAGGGCUCCAUUUCCCUAGAGCGGUGUUGCCCGGUGGAGGACCUAGAUAACAGAGGCCGGCGGAAUAACAUCCACAUACGAGACCUACCUGAAGCUGAAGGGAACACCCUCCCAGAAAUCCAAUCAGGCCUGUUUGCCCAACUGCUUGGAGAAGAUGCCGCAGCAGAUUUGGCAUACAGGGCCUUGAGGCACCCUCAGGUUACUAUAGUGCCAGGAAAAUGAGUUUGUUUUACUGGCACUAUAGUGGUCCUUUAACCUAUUAGUUUAUGAGAUCUUUUUGUAAGCUCAUCUCUUCAUUACAUCUUUAUUUCCAGGGUUGUGUUAUAUUAUGUGUGUGUUUUUCUUUAAUUAUUUUUUAAUUAACAUUCAUAUAUAUUUUUUGCAACCUUUUUAGCAUUUCUGCUUCAGUGAUUUCUCUUUUUGAUUGCUAAUACAAACAUAUUACCUGAUUAAGAAUGCAGUGUCCCAUUGACUUUUUAUAGUAACUUACCAUUAUUAAAAAAAAAAAAAAGAAAAAACUUCUGUUUUCCUCUAUUUGCUUCGUUCUACCUGAUCCAAAAAGAGGGCAAGUCCCCAUAGCUGCAGAAACAAAUUGUACGGUUAAGAAAAUGUAUGCUUGUAGGCAGAGGAAAAUAAAUAUUUUUUUUUUUAACCUAGAAUUUCCCUGAAACAGAGAUAAUGUGUGCUCUAUUGCCAUCUAGUGGCUAAAUAAUAGUAUGUGCAUUGUAACUGUUCAAGAUACCAAGGGUUACCAGUGUACCAUAAGACUCCUUAAAUGUGCCAUUAACAUCUCUAUUAGAAGCAUUGCUGGCAGUGCACUAACUCCUCAUGUUCCUUACCUCCCUAUGUUCGUCUAGGAGAAGCACUGGAUUGGCUGGGUGGUGACACCUUGUUCCAGAGGUGGCGAUGAGCUGCAGAAAGAUGUUGUCAUGCUGUAUUCUAGAUCAGGGCUUCCCAAACAUUUAUGGGCCGAGACCCACUUGCUUUUAAUGUGUAUUUUAAAAAGUGAACACCAUGGCAACCAGCUUCAGAGGCAUACAAUUGGCAAACUAUAGCAAUCCGCUUUAGAUGCAUACAAUUGGUACACCGUGGAAAUCCGCUUUACAUGCAUACAAUUGGCAAACUAUAGCAAUCCGCUUUAGAUGCAUACAAUUGGCAAACUAUAGCAAUCCGCUUUAGAUGCAUACAAUUGGUACACCGUGGAAAUCCGCUUUAGAUGCAUACAAUUGGCACACCGUGGAAAUCCGCUUUAGAUGCAUACAAUUGGCAAACUAUAGCAAUCCGCUUUAGAUGUAUACACUUUGUACACCGUGGAAAUCCGCUUUACAUGCAUACAAUUGGCAAACUAUAGCAAUCCACUUUAGAUGCAUACAAUUGGCAUACCGUGGAAAUCCACUUUAGAUGCAUACAAUUGGCAUACCAUGGCAAUCUGUUUUAGAGGCAUACAAUUGGAACAUCAUGGCAACUUUAAAUACAUAAACUUGGCACACCAUGGCAAUCAGCUUUAGAUGCAUAAACUUGGCACAUCAUGGCAAUCCACUUCAGAGGCAUACAAUUGGCACACCAUGGCAAAAAGUCAGAUGCACAUAAUUGGCACACCUUGGCAAUCAGCUUUAGAUGCAUACAAUUGGCACACCGUGGAAAUCCGCUUUACAUGCAUACAAUUGGCAAACUAUAGCAAUCCGCUUUAGAUGCAUACAAUUGGCAAACUAUAGCAAUCCGCUUUAGAUGCAUACAAUUGGCAAACUAUAGCAAUCCGCUUUAGAUGCAUACAAUUGGCAUACUGUGGAAAUCCACUUUAGAUGCAUACAAUUGGCAUGCCAUGGCAAUCGGUUUUAGAGGCAUACAAUUGGAACAUCAUGGCAACUUUAAAUACAUAAACUUGGCACACCAUGGCAAUCAGCUUUAGAUGCAUAAACUUGGCACAUCAUGGCAAUCCGCUUCAGAAGCAUACAAUUGGCACACCAUGGCAAAAAGUCAGAUGCACAUAAUUGGCACACCUUGGCAAUCAGCUUUACAGGGAGUGCAGAAUUAUUAGGCAAGUUGUAUUUUUGAGGAUUAAUUUUAUUAUUGAACAACAACCAUGUUCUCAAUGAACCCAAAAAACUCAUUAAUAUCAAAGCUGAAUAUUUUUGGAAGUAGUUUUUAGUUUGUUUUUAGUUAUAGCUAUGUUAGGGGGAUAUCUGUGUGUGCAGGUGACUAUUACUGUGCAUAAUUAUUAGGCAACUUAACAAAAAACAAAUAUAUACCCAUUUCAAUUAUUUAUUAUUACCAGUGAAACCAAUAUAACAUCUCAACAUUCACAAAUAUACAUUUCUGACAUCAAAAACAAAACAAAAACAAAUCAGUGACCAAUAUAGCCACCUUUCUUUGCAAGGACACUCAAAAGCCUGCCAUCCAUGGAUUCUGUCAGUGUUUUGAUCUGUUCACCAUCAACAUUGCGUGCAGCAGCAACCACAGCCUCCCAGACACUGUUCAGAGAGGUGUACUGUUUUCCCUCCUUGUAAAUCUCACAUUUGAUGAUGGACCACAGGUUCUCAAUGGGGUUCAGAUCAGGUGAACAAGGAGGCCAUGUCAUUAGAUUUUCUUCUUUUAUACCCUUUCUUGCCAGCCACGCUGUGGAGUACUUGGACGCGUGUGAUGGAGCAUUGUCCUGCAUGAAAAUCAUGUUUUUCUUGAAGGAUGCAGACUUCUUCCUGUACCACUGCUUGAAGAAGGUGUCUUCCAGGAACUGGCAGUAGGACUGGGAGUUGAGCUUGACUCCAUCCUCAACCCGAAAAGGCCCCACAAGCUCAUCUUUGAUGAUACCAGCCCAAACCAGUACUCCACCUCCACCUUGCUGGCGUCUGAGUCGGACUGGAGCUCUCUGCCCUUUACCAAUCCAGCCACGGGCCCAUCCAUCUGGCCCAUCAAGACUCACUCUCAUUUCAUCAGUCCAUAAAACCUUAGAAAAAUCAGUCUUGAGAUAUUUCUUGGCCCAGUCUUGACGUUUCAGCUUGUGUGUCUUGUUCAGUGGUGGUCGUCUUUCAGCCUUUCUUACCUUGGCCAUGUCUCUGAGUAUUGCACACCUUGUGCUUUUGGGCACUCCAGUGAUGUUGCAGCUCUGAAAUAUGGCCAAACUGGUGGCAAGUGGCAUCGUGGCAGCUGCACGCUUGACUUUUCUCAGUUCAUGGGCAGUUAUUUUGCGCCUUGGUUUUUCCACACGCUUCUUGCGACCCUGUUGACUAUUUUGAAUGAAACGCUUGAUUGUUCGAUGAUCACGCUUCAGAAGCUUUGCAAUUUUAAGAGUGCUGCAUCCCUCUGCAAGAUAUCUCACUAUUUUUGACUUUUCUGAGCCUGUCAAGUCCUUCUUUUGACCCAUUUUGCCAAAGGAAAGGAAGUUGCCUAAUAAUUAUGCACACCUGAUAUAGGGUGUUGAUGUCAUUAGACCACACCCCUUCUCAUAACAGAGAUGCACAUCACCUAAUAUGCUUAAUUGGUAGUAGGCUUUCGAGCCUAUACAGCUUGGAGUAAGACAACAUGCAUAAAGAGGAUGAUGUGGUCAAAAUACUCAUUUGCCUAAUAAUUCUGCACUCCCUGUAGAUGCAUUUUUAAAACAAAAAGAACUGUCCAAAGUUUAAAACUAACUUUUUUUCUUUCUGCUAACAAAGUGUUCCUUCAAUAGUAAAAAUACAUAUGGUCUAUCCUUAACCUACGUUUUAGAAUUAAAAUUGGCAUUCUGAUCUGCAAAUUAAAACUUGCAGAUCAAUUUGGCUAGCAGUAUGCACAUGGUUUUUUGUAAGGCUUCAAAUAAGUGUAUAUGGAGAACACAUGACUCGGAGUUCCAAGAAGGCAGCAGUGAUGUCAACGUAUACACUAUUGCGUGACUCAGAAUCCACGCUGAGCGCACACAAAGGAGGAUGGGGCAGUUAGGUAUGUACCCAAUUUAUAAGGAUGAGGACUCUUUAUAUACUUGAGGAAGGCACUUUGCCAAACCGCAUUCGCUUUAGUGGAAGGCUGACCAGCAGAGAAUCCGGUUGUGUUUACAUUAUACUGUUUGUAUUUACAUUAACUGUGCAUUUUGGUCUUUGUACAGCCUAUCCCUGAUUAUAGUUUUUUUUUCUUGACACUCAGAUUUAGAAAUUAAGAGCUGAUCAGUUUUUGUUCUUGUGUAUCAUGAUUGUCUCAGUUCCUGAUAAAAUAGGUGAUUCAAAUAUUUAUGAUAAUGAUAUAUAUUUUAAAUAUUUUAUUACCAAAAAAAUUAAAUGUAAUUUAACACUAUUAAGUUUGCUGUGGAUCUUAAGUACCUCAGCCUGUGAAGGGGGAACCUAGUAGCACUAUAUAUAAAAUAUGUAUAUGGCUCAUACCAUCUUUUGAUAAAGCGUACCAUAAGGAGUUGCGCAUUGAUAUUCCUGGAGUUGUUAAAGGGGGCAGUAUAUUACGGUCUACUAUUUUGGCAUUUUCACAUAGACACUUUGUGAACCCCAUUUUUUUUUUUUUUUAAUAAAGUUAUAUUAUCUAGAUAUCCACUGGAGGCACUGUUUCCAGAAGACUUUAAGUAGUUUAAACAUUUAUAUUCUCUAUAAGUAGUAUCCGAUUCAGUGCUGUGAUUGCUGCACAUGCCCUGCAGAUUCCCAAUGCGUUUCUGGGAGAAGCAUUCGAUUGGCUGACAGAUACAUUUAUAGGUUGUUGUCCUCUUUUUCAACUUUCAGGUGCCUGAUAUGAGAUUUAAUUACUUAGCCACUUGUUGAUUUAGCUCCUUUCCUCUAUAGGCAGUCAUCUCACCCAGGUCAUCUCUUUAUCCUUAUUGGUACUUGGCGAUCCAUGAUGGGAAUUAAACCUUAAUAAUCUGAUCCUAGGUUUUCCAUAUGCAUUUUGUCUGUUUUCAUACAAUUGUAUUCAGUCUUUCAUUUAUAUAAUCCUUUACCAACGUGUAUACCUUUUUGAAUUUUACCGUUUCACAUCAUUUUCUUUAGGUGGGUGUGGAAGAUAAGUGGGUAUGCCUGGGGCCCAGACUCUUAUUUAGUUCGCUCUUUUUUUUUCCCACUUGUUCUAAUUAGCAGCUAUGUCCACAUAUUAUGUAUUUCAGCUGCUAUUUUGUUGCACGUAACCGAGACUUUCCACUGAUGUCCUAACGAAUUAGCUGUGUAGCUAAAAGCAGCACCAGGGAGAAUGCAUAAUGUGUGGUGUGUUGUCACAAACAUCCUGGGAUCUCCACCAUUCCAAAAAAGAGAUCAUCUGCUCUCUAGUUCUGAAUUAAAGAGAACAUGAAGUGGCUAAAAAAAAACUGAAUUUGAACUAAUAGAAUAUGGUCUUCUCAUGGACUUCUCCUUUCUGUAUAUUAUAGCUGUUCUAUAAUCUGUUGCUCAUAUUUACAAGUAAAAAUUCUAAUUCUAAUAUUUGUGUGUUUUGGAGAAGGUUGAGGGACAGGAGUGGGCCCAUUCGAUUAUUAUAAACACACACUCUGCACAGAUGAAUGUUGGAUUAGAAUGCUUGUAAUAAACAGUGAGGCUGCUCAAUUUCAUCCACAUUCAAGCUGCAGAUAGAGAAACAGCACCUAGGAAAUGAUACAUUUCCUCUGUGUUCUCUCCUUUUAAUGCAGAUUGAUUGGUGAGUGCAGCUCAUUCAGUGUUGCUAUGCUGUGUACAUACAGUACAAACAAAAAUAUAGAAUAAGAGAACUCUGAGAAAGGACAAAAGCUUAGAGGAAACCAGUAGCUUGCCCUUUGCUAAAUCCCAGCUCAGGUCUCAACAUCGUUUUUGCUUACUUGUGCUAUUACAGAGCGAACAUAUUCUGAAGCAUAUCAGACUGACCCACCCAUAAGGGCAGUACAGAUCCCAAAUGCCAGCAGGUUUUCUCUGCACAAGAGAUACAGCAACCCCAAACGAUUGUUUUGGCCUUCUUUGGUCCUCGUCAGUGAGGUGUAGCUAAUAUCCCUCGAGGCAUGAGGUCCACGUCUGGAUUACCCUUUUAACUUGGGGAGAGCCAAGUUAAUGCACUGCAACAAAAAUAAAGAAUAUGAGAACUCUGUGAAUGGAAAAAAGCUUUGAGAAACUCAGUAGCUUACCUUUCAGUAAAUACCCACUCAGGUCUUAAAAUAUAUGAUAAUGAAGUAUUUUUCUGGAAUGAACGGGCAUGAGUAAGGUGUCAAGCUUAUGGUGCAGCGUACUCGCGAAGUCCAAGAUGGGCCCGUCUGAAAAGGGUGGCAGCCCACCUAGUGACGUACUGAAGAGAACAGUCUGGACGGCACCUAGCCUGAAGCGUUGUCUGUAGUAUCCCAAGGCCCAGGCACAGUGCAAGCACAUCUAAUGAUGUGCUCACUCUGUUGCCAAAGAACAAUUCCCUGGUGUUUCCAGAUUUGGAACGCCAGGGAACUAAAUCCUGAGAUCGGGACUGUCCCGCUAAAAUCUGGACUGUUGGAGCAGCCUUUAUUCUGCAAAGCAUUUAUUCAUUCACAAACUACAAAGAAUUGGUUUUAGAGGCAUUGAAAACACUGGAUUACAGAGAUUGUCUCAUCUGUAUGAGGGUGGGGCAUUAGUAACAUUUGAAGAAUUGAAAACUAGGACCUCGCUGCGACCUUUUGACUUUUUCUGCUAUGUACAGCUUCGAGGAUACGCCCAGGAUCCUCAGAUAAAGAAAACUGCUUUAACACAGCUGACAUUCUUUGAAAGAAUGUGCUUAAGGGAACAGUUUCCAACUGGCCUAAUUUCAUGUCUAUACACCCAAUUGGGUACUCACAUGCUGGAGUGGGGGGAACUCACAUACACCGAUCACUGGGAGGCGGACCUCAGUGAGGUGGUGGAGGGUAUAGAAUGGCAGGAGAUAUGGUAGGCAGCCGCAACGUCCUCUGUGUGUCUCUUCAUAUCAUAUCAGACCCUACUUAGAUGGUACACUACACCAGUAUUAAACCGUUUGAACAAAAAUCCAACAGAUUUGUGCUGGAGAGGAUGUGGCCAGAAGGGUACCUAUAUCCACAUGUAGUGGGAGUGCCCGGAGGUGCAGACAUACUGGAAACGGAUCGCGGAGUUACUGCGAGAUGUUUUUGGAAAGGAGGUUAAAUUUGAUCCAUGGGUAUACCUUUUGGCCAGAUCUAUGUACGAUUGGCCUAAAGGGGAACAAAAACAUAUAUAGAAUGAACCUAGCUGCUAGACUAGCUCUGGCAUAGGUCUGUCUAAAGAGGGAAACUCCCUCUGUCACAGCGGUGAUACAAAAAAAAUAAAAAUAAAUCAAGGACACGUUCCUUAUGGACAAAUUAACAGCUCAGAUUCGAGGGACCAUGAAGAAAUUUGAAAAAGUUUGGGGCCCUUGGCAGGGCCGGACUGGCCCACCGGGAUACCGGGAAAUUUCCCGGUGGGCCGUCGGCACCUGGGGCCGGGCAGGCAGCUGGCUCACCUGCAGCCACAGAGAGAGCUCUUCUGGCAGCCGCAGGGGGAGCUGGCUGUUCUGUCUCUGCUCCCCCGCCCUCGCGCAGUAGAUAGACUGGGGCUGGAAUAUGACGUCUCAUUAAAGCCACAUACAAACUUUUGGUUUUAUCUCAUCUACUGUAGGACUGACAUCACAAGUCCUGCCACACAGUUUAAGUUGUGCAACUCAUGUUUAGGCUUAAUUAAGAGAUUGGGCUUGUCCCAUUCCAAAUAUAAUAAAAAUGAGGCUUAAUUAUUAACCUGUGGGUAAGUAUUAAUGUUUCACUUGGAUAAGAUACUGGAACACAAGGAUCUUUAUGAAACUAAUCCCAUUACCAUAUCAAAUGAUUGAACUAUCCUUUACAAGGUACAUGCCAAAUGGAAGAAGAGACAUUCAGACUUUUUCCAAGUGUAGAACCUCACACCUUGCAGAUCCUUGAUUACUUCACAUCCAUAUAGUAAAAUCCUUUUCACAUUCCUAUGCCAUUCAUACUACCCCUUCUGUCAUCUGACCGCUGUGGGGGUCCCAGCUUCAAAAGAUGUAACCCCUGUUGACCUCAGCAAUAGCAUCUCUGUAAUUUGUGCCAUUUACUACACAAAUUACAUUAAAGGAUGAUAUUCCAUAGUGUAAUAAUAAAUUUUAUAACAUGACAGGAGGCUUCGUAUUUGCUUAAGACUUUCUUUACUUAAGCUUCACAGCAGCACUUUUUACUUAGUAACAAGGUAACCAAUCAGAAAAAAGGGAUAACAAGGUAUAUAAGUCCCUCCCAGUGAUGUCAUUUCCUCUUUCUUUGCUGCUUCACACCAGUACAGGUCAGAGUGCCACUGUCUCCUACUUUUGUGGGGGGUUUUCUGUGAUUUAUCUAUUAUUGUAUCUAUCAUCUGUUUUAUUCAUAUUUCUUUCUAGUAUAUUAUACAUUACAUAUAUAUAUUUUUACCCUUUAUUCUAUAACUGAUUAAUUUAUUUUUUUCCCAUCUCUAUCUUCCAUGUGGUAUUUCUUCACUACUUUCUUCUUUCCGCUUUUAUUUUUUGGUUACUGUCCGUUUUAUUAUUAUUUUAUUAUUGUUUUUUACCUCUUUAGCCCAGUUUCUACGUGUGGCAUUUUUGCCUCGUUUUCCCGGGCUUUUUGGUCCUUGGAGUACGCCUCCAACGGUCCCAGUGCGCACGGCGGCCAUCUUGGAUCUCGCGCUCCCCCGCGAGAUCCAAACGGCUUCCUCCUUUCCCUGGUGCGCACGCGCGAGAUCGCGGCGGCCAUUUUCUUGGAGCCGCGAUCUCCAUUCACUCCGGCCGUGCGGCGGCCAUUUUUUACCGUUCUGCAUAUUAACUAUUAUAUAGCCAUUAACACCUCAUAUCCACUGUAAUUCCUUAUUAUUAAUUCAGGUGCAUUUACCUAGUUAUACCAGAGUGUUAUCUUUCUGUUUACUCCUUCUAACAAGGAAGGAGUUUAACUCCAAAUGCAGUGCCAUCCCUGUAUCUCUCUACUUCCCUCUGGUGGUAGAUUAUUGGUACUACAUCACUCAAUAUAUUUAUUUCAACUGCAACAAAGUUUAUUACUCAAAAAGUUUUUCCCAUAUAAACUUUAUGAUUACAUCUCAUAUCUACACUAUGCAUGUGUAUAAGGUAAACACAUAAAAUUAAAUUAUGAUUGCUGUUAUCAUAUACAGCCCAUGAUUGGCCUGCUUUGUCUGUGCCACUAUACCUCUAUACGGGUUUGAAAAAGUAUUCCCUGAGGUGAUUUAUACUGGGUGACCCCCACUUACAGCUUGCAAUCUGAAAUGAUAAUAUACUGUGAUAUUUCGAGACGGCCUUAUUAAUACACUCUAACACUGGCCUAUUCUGACCCAUAGGUACCAACACUGUUGCUAUGGAGGCUUCAAAUCAAGAUCAAAACUUGCAAGCUAUUAUAAAUGCAGCUGUAGCUGCUUCACUUGAAAAGGCCCUGGCUCGGGUGCUGCCCAUUGAGCAAAAAGACCCUAAAAUUUCCGAAACCCCGCUUUCUGACGAAGAUGCGGAGGAUUCCGAUUCCACAAAAAGAAACCCUUCCAAACAAUAUAAACGUUAUUGGAAAGGGAAUGGGCCUGAACCUCUCAAGCGUAAGGGGAAAGAACCGGCGAAACGCCCCAAACAGGUGGAUGCUAGAGAGAAACACUCCAUCCAACCUACUCUGUCGGAAGAAGAGGAAGACUCUUUCGACUUACACCCCUUAGCCAUCCUAGAUGAAUGGCAAGCUGACCACUCCUCAGAAGAUGAGGAGGACUGGCCCGAGACUUCCAUAAAAGGGGCACCUCUCCCUCAGUCGACUAUGGGAGACCUCCCAUCUGAAGUUAUGUUACCCGGAUCACUUCCAUCUGGGGACACUGAACCUUUUCUGGAUACGCUUGGUCAACCGCUUUUUGACCCAAGACAAAUUAGAUAUCCUCGAUCAUCCGAAUGGUCACUACCAGACCAUCUCUCCCAGUAUAUUCAUUUUUGGAUCAGAAGACCCCUAGAUCGGGAGGUCCGCAAACGGCUACGAGCUGAAUGUCCUAGACCCACUCUACCGGAUAAGGUCGCGGUGACCCCGGAAUUUGAUACGCUGCUCUACACAUAUCUGGCUAGAUCAGGCCGUGACCCAAAAAAGGGCAUUGAACGCAGCCUACGCCUAACCCAAGACAAAAUGCUGGACAUCCUAGGACCUCUGGCAAGAAUUCUUCUACUGGCUGAUGAAGCCUUAUCUAAUGAAGGCCCUCUAGACCCAUCUGUGAUCAGAGAAUGGGCUCUACGCUCUAUUUGCCUGCUGGGCAAUGCUAAUACAUCCCUCUGUACUGAGCGUAGAAAAGCAGUGCUGCUGCGUAUGGAUGCUAAGUUAGCUGACUUGGGAACCAAGGAAUUGGGCCCCAAAGCACAGGGUCUAUUGUUUGGAGAACCCUACAUUAAAGAAUUACAUAAACAUGUAAACUUAUACGCCACACUAAACAAGGCGCAAUCAUCCAUGAAAAGAGUAUUUCACUAUCAACCCUCACGGGUUUUUGGCAGGGCUGGCCGUACAAGGGGUCGCACAGUCAGCCGUUUCUGGACCACAAACCAACGCCAGAGAACCCCAACUUCAUCUUUCUUCCCCAACUAUCAACCAAGAGGCUCUUACUCCCAAAGAGCGGAUAGAGGAAGAGGAUACAGAACCCGCGGACGCAGUAGAUACCCAACAGGUGAGAUUUCCUUCCUUUCACCUUUCUACUGUUUAUCAUGCGGGCAGGUUGUCACACUGUGUAGACAUGUGGAAGACACUGUCUUCAGAUACCUGGGUCCUAAACACAGUUCAGGGUUACUACAUAGAGUUUCAUUCUCUCCCUUCUCAAACAGGUUAUCCUCACUAUCCAAAAAUGUCAAAGGCUCAAAGUCUUUGUCUAGAUUCAGAACUACGUUCUCUGUUAACAAAAGGAGCGAUCCAACUCGCUCCACUCGACGAAGGUUUCCUCAGCUCCAUCUUCUUAGUCAAGAAGAAGUCAGGGGAAUUUCGCCCAGUCAUCAACCUUCGUCAACUGAACUCUUUCGUUAUCUACCGACAUUUCAAAAUGGAGGGGAUUCACCUCCUCAGAGACAUCCUCCGACCAGGCGACUGGUUCACCCGUCUCGACCUCAAGGAUGCUUACCUUUCGGUGCCAGUACACCCAUCGAGUCUGCGUUUUCUCCGCUUUCAUUGGCACCACCGGAUUUUCCAAUUCACCUGUCUUCCAUUUGGCCUGAGUUCCGCCCCGUGGUGCUUCACCAAACUCCUCAAACCAGUCACCACACAUCUGCGAGAAAGGGGCAUCCGUUGUUUAAUCUACCUCGACGACCUCUUGCUUCUCUGCGAAGACGUAUCCAAACUGCGUUCACAGACGAACUAUACUUCUGUAUUGAUCGAAUCCUUGGGGUUUGUCAUAAACCAAGAGAAAUCGUCACUGUCCCCAACCAGAGUCUUUCAAUUUCUCGGCUUCGAAAUCGACUCUUCAACCUGUGUUCUUCGCCUACCUCAGUCCAAGUUAUCCGCGAUCAGAAAGGAACUACGCAAAACGCUUCGUCAACAGGAUUUACCUCUUCGAGGAUUAGCUCGGGUCGUAGGCCUACUCUCUGCCUCCAUUCAGGCAAUCUACCCAGGCCCCCUUCACUACCGGGCCAUGCAACGCUUGAAAGCUCAAUUCCUCCGGACCCAUCCAUCAUACGACCAGAGGGUCCCGAUCACUUCGGAGGUGAAAGAGGAACUCCGUUGGUGGCUCCGCCACAUGUCGGCCUGGAACGGCAAGGCAAUUUUCGGUCCCACCCCAGACUUCGUGGUGGAAUCAGAUGCGAGCCUCCUGGGUUGGGGCGCAACCUGUCAUACAACCUCCACCGGAGGACCAUGGACCACCUCGGAAGACUUUCUCCACAUCAAUUGUCUGGAGUUAAUCGCAGGCUCAUUCGCAAUUCGCAGUUUGACCAAUCACCUCUCAAACUGCUGUAUUCUCCUUCGGAUGGACAAUAUCUCAGCUGUCCAAUACAUCAACAAACUGGGCGGGGCCAGAUCUCGCAUCCUCUCCGAAGUGACAAAAGACAUCUACGAGUUUUGCUUCCAACGCAACAUCACUCUUCAUGCAGAAUAUCUCCCAGGGGAGACUAACAUUACCGCGGAUUGGUUCUCCCGACAUUGGAGAGAUGGCAGCGACUGGCGCCUACACAGAACAAUCUUUCUCCACAUCUCCAAACUCAGGGGUCCAUUUACCCUAGACCUUUUCGCCUCCCGGACAAACUUUCAAGUCCCACGGUUUUUCAGCUGGCUUCCAGACCCAGAAUGCUCGGCUGUGGACGCCUUCCUUCAGAGUUGGCCGACGACGGGAGCCUAUGCUUUUCCCCCGUUUGCGAUGAUUCCCAGAGUCCUCCUACAGAUUCGCAGACAACAGAUCGCACUUGUUCUAAUUACCCCGCUCUGGCGGGGCCAAGCAUGGUUUCCGGAUCUUCUGGACCUCUCCUACCAAGACCCUCUCCUUUUGCCUCCAUGGCCCAACCUCCUGGAGGACCCUCAAGGAAAUCCUCAUCCAAUGAUAACGCAAGACCAUCUCCACCUAGUGGCUUGGACUCUUUCAGGGGAACCUGGCACUUCGGAGGACUAUCGCAGAGAUCUAAGGAACUCCUCUGGGAUUCGUGGGCUCCUGGAACUAGAAGAUGCUAUCUCUCCUCCUGGAACACUUGGUGCAAUUGGUGCCUGGAACGGAAUACCGAUCCCCUUACGGCCCCUAGACAGUUAAUAUUGAAUUUCCUCUCUCAUCUAUUCGAUCUAGGCCUUUCCUACAGAUCCAUCAACGUUUCCCGUUCAGCCAUCUCGGCAGCCCAUGUCCCUCUAGACGGGGUUCCAGUGGGCCAGGACCAGCUGGUUUGUAGACUAUUGCGGGGCAUCAAACUGGCUCGCCCCCCUAAACCGAAAUAUUCCCAUCUGUGGGACGUUAAUGUCAUAAUUCGUUUUCUCGAGACUUGGCCAAACAACGAGGACCUAUCCCUCCGCCAACUCUCAGCCAAAUUCACCCUGUUGCUUUGCUUAGUGUCCUUCCAACGAGUUUCGGAUGUUCGAGCCUUUGACCAUGACGCUAUCAACUUUUCCCCAGAGGGUGUCACCUUUUCCGUGACCAGGCGGACGAAAUCAAACUCCUCUUCGAUAUUUUACCCUUACUUCCCUAACCACCUGAAAUUGUGUGUGGUAUCUCUUCUUUUUUGUUAUUUAUUACUCACCUCCUCUAUCCGUCCAACUUCCUCCAGCCAACUAUUGGUCUCAUACGUCCGGCCUCAUAAUCCAGUGUCAACCACAACUCUUGCCCGAUGGGUUAGGUGGUUGCUAUCCCUAGCCGGGAUUAAAACCUCCUUCGGAGCCCACUCCAUCAGAGGAGCGGCAGCAUCGGGGGCAUUCAGCGCUGGAGCCUCACUUCGAGACAUACUUCACUCCGCAGACUGGUCCCGAGAACAGACGUUCCGCAACUUCUAUUUUCGUCCGACUGCGCACGCUUCCUUGGCCCUUCUCGGGGAGCGUUAAAACAGCAAAUACAAAGCCUCCUGUCAUGUUAUAAAAUUGUAGAUUAUGCUAGCUUUAGUGUACCUAUAAUCUUAAUUUUAUUAAUGACAGGAGACGAGUAUUUCCCACCACUGUUACCUUCUUUUCCCACCCUAGGGUCGCCUCUGUAGGUAAGUUUCUAAGACAAGAAAGAAUACUCUAUGCCUUACUACCAUGUGGGUUACGGAUUGCAUGCUUAGAGACAUACAUUAACGUUUUUCUAACACGCUGUAAUAUAUGAUUCAUGUCAACUGGUUAUCAUAUUUUCAAAGUCCAAUUCACGGAUUAAUUCUUGGUUUCGACUCUGCUCUUUUCGUUUCAGCGUAAAACUCUUUUAAGAAGUCAAGCCUAGUUGCUGUUCCACCGCAAGCUUCAUCUCUGCACUUCAAGAACUCAAACUACGUUCCUGUUUACCUCUCAAGCAUCAUCCUCCUCGUCUGACAUCCUGACUCCCUUAUCUGGUUGCUUCAGUUCCGGUUCCUUUUUGUUCGCAGCCAGAAAGAGGAAAUGACAUCACUGGGAGGGACUUAUAUACCUUGUUAUCCCUUUUUUCUGAUUGGUUACCUUGUUACUAAGUAAAAAAGUGCUGCUGUGAAGCUUAAGUAAAGAAAGUCUUAAGCAAAUACUCGCCUUCUGUCAUUAAUAAAAUUAAGAUUAUAGGUACACUAAAGCUAGCAUAAUCUACAAUUAUACACCCUUGCCGUGACAGAAGCACCACAAUUUCUGCAGGCGCUGGGCAUCAGACGGACGACAGGAGCCAAGACCAAACUGUCAGGAUUUCUUUGCUGUUUUAAACAGCAACCCUUCCUUUUCUGUGUCUGAGUUUUCAGCUGAUAUUAAACUAUCAGCUCCUUCGGUAUGUUGCCACUGUUACUCACCUGAUAGUAGUAACCAGCCCUGCUGCUAAUCAGUGCAGCCUAUUUAAGCAGCAAAUCCCAGUACCUCCUUGCCCUUGCAUGGUUUCCUGUUGCCCCGAAGUCUCCUUGUUCCUGUUUGUUCCUGACUUCGCUGCUCUCCGUUCUGAUCCUGGCUCGUCUGAUUACCCACUUUGGUGCCUGACCCCUGCUUGCCUCCUAGACUUUGCUUUUGGUUAUUACGUUAUUUUCUAUUUAUUAAUAAAGGUGUUUUUGCAUCUAGUUCUGUCUCUAUCUGGUUCCUGGUCCCCAACACAAACCCCCACACAGAUGGGACGUUGCCAACGUUGCACCAUUUACCCUGGUGGGACAGGCAUCUCCAGAAGGAUGAGACAAUAUGCAGCUCCUGGACGCUUAAACUGCUAUCAGAUACAGGGACCUCAAACAGCACUAGCUGGCUCAAUGUUGCUCCGAGUUAGGCAUGGCUCUCCCUUUUACAUAUUACUUUUAUGUCAGUUACAGGCUACUUAAGCCAGUUCGUUGUUGUUUUUAAGCCACAUGAUGUGUAUUGCGGGUUAACUACCCAUCCCUCUGCCCUCGGAAGCUUACAUAUGUCCAACGCUUGACCUACAGACCGAGUGGUAUGCGGACCCCAUAGACCCCUCAACUAGAUAUAUAGAACACCCAGGUGACCCCACAGCGACUAUAUUGCAAAUAACACACUUGCAAUAGACGGCACAGGCAAAUUUUCACCACCUACUUUCUCUCAACUUGUUAUACAACCAUAUACUUUGUAUCACACAGCCUUGUUACAAUGCUGCCGCCCAUCCCAUGUGUUCCCUAUUAAGGGUUAAUGAGUAUAUAGGGGUGUAUAUAAAAAAUACCCCUCUGUCUAAGAGCUAUCUUUGCCAGAAGCUCAAGGAAGCAUGCUGAAGGGUCAGUGUUAGGACCCGCUUAAGGGGAGGUCUGCCUUGAUGUUGGCAGGCGGUCAUUCCCUCCAAUGGCCAUUGGAGCAACUAAAUGUCCUCCAUUUGUCUAAAUAUACAUAGGGAUUAAGGAGAGAGCGCAGGUAACUUUCUUUUCUUUGGUUUUUACUAUAUAUUGGGGCUGAUGUGUACUUUAGUCAUUGCUGCCGGCCCAGUAGUGAUGGGAGUGAGCGCAGGAGUCUUUUUGUAUUUGUUAUACAACCGUAUCUAGUUCAUGACUUACUAAAAAAUGUGAAAGCAAAACAUGUCACAAUUUCUGUUUAAUUAUGCUGAUCGAGCCUGUAAAUGCUAUUGUGGCAAAUAAAAAAAAAUAUAUAUAUAUAUAUAUAUAUAUAUAUAUAUAUAUAUAUAUAUAUAUAUAUAUAUAUAUAUAUUAUUAUUUUUUUUUUUUAAAUGUAAAAAUUCAAUUUGUGUCUAUAAUUAUAUUCUAGCAUUCCUUUUGGUGUACAUGUGUGAUAUCAUUAUUACCUAUAUUUUUCAGGUCACUGUAAUUGAACGUUAAAAUGGCAGAAGGUAAUUACGAUCUCUGCGAGUGCAUCUGCUCCCAUGAAAAUGCAAUGCGCAGAUUGAUCAACCUGGUGAGUAGAGUACUAUGAUACAUUGCCUGCAAAUCCCACUAAACUACAUGGCAUUAGGUACCAUAAACUCAACUUUUCACUUGAGGCAACAACCUAAGCAUUUGCAAUAAUCAUUAGCACAUAAGAAUUAUUCUGUAUGUUGUAAACAUAUUUCCCAAUUAUUCUGCAGUUUUGUUUGAUAGUUUUUUUCCCCCUGCAUUUACAGAAUAAGGCCCUUAAAUGAAAGUAGCAAAAUUUGUCUCAGUUUAUAUGAAAUCUAUAACCUUGCUGUCUGGUUCAUGUUAAGUGUUUUUUGUUUGUUUGUUGUAUAGCAGCUCUGUCACACUCUAGGUUGCAUAUUUUGCAAGAUUCCCAAAGGUGACUGUUUUGCUGGCAGUAUGGUGCAGGGGGAGGUACAUGAACCUGUUCCUCACUGCCACCAUCAUCUUUUCCAUGCCGACUUCAAAUUUGUACUCCCACGCAUGUGCAUGAGUAGAACACUAAGGUCUAUGGAGGCGAUUGCAGGACCCUUUGCCUUUUGUCAAACAUAGGAACGAUACUAACAAAGUAAUCCCUACUUUAUCUUACUAUAACUUUUGACUGGGUUGGAAUUUCAGUGAAGUUCCAACACCGUCAAUGUGAGUAUUUUGUUACGUUUUGGAUGAGUGGGGAAGGGGUGUGAUAGUGCCACUAACAAGUCUAAAAUGCAGCAUAACGUAAUGCAGAAAGUGGUUAUAGGCUAUGUAUGAACUGUAUAUGAGAUUCUCUCAUCGUAACAGUUUCUUAUGGAAGGCCCUGCAAUCGCUAGCUUCCUGUUUCAAGCUAGGCUUGGAAUUCACUGCUCUGCAACUCCCACUGGCACCAAGGGCAAUUUAGGUGGCAACUGUAAAGUAGGCAGGAGAUCCAUUGGGUCUUCCAUGGCCGAAAGGGUUAACACAUUGUCUCUGCAGGGCACCACUAGAGUUCCUGAUAAUACUCACUGAUGCCUGAUAUGUUCCCUUAAUAGCUUGGUGACUGGCAUGAACCUGCAUCUAUCCAUCAGGACGGAGAAUGGUAGGUCAUCAAAGAUGGUACAACCAGUAACGCUGGGAUGUGUCUGGGUCGGGCCACAAUAGCCAUUUUGACAGAUAUGUCCUGAGUGACAGCAAUUAUAUCCCUGAAUGCAUCCACAGAGACUGUUGUGGCCUUCUGAAUUCAGAACACUGACACUAUGGACAAAGAUUCAUCCUUCCCCCUCUAACCUCCAAUUCUUUUAUCACACUAUUUGCAAAGUCCGCCAAGGCCUCUAUGUCCACUCUAUACCUCAAGUGAAGCCACAGCGCGGGACCUGUUGGGUGAAAGAUUCUAUGUGGAUUUGGGUAUUUUUUAGCCUGCCUGUCUUUCCCCUUUUAGAACUCAACAUCACCAUUGCAUUGAUGUAGUCCACCUAUACCCUGGCAAGGUCUGCUUUCCAGACUUCACGUAGGUCGAGUAGGAGCUUUUUGACAUCCCCUUUAGUGGAGGGAAAAAUCUCUGUCUCUGACAGUGCCACAUUAAACCGCAAAUUGUACACCACUCAUGAUGCUUCCAGAUGCCAUUUUUAUGUUGCAGGAGGCUGUUAUUUACUAUAUACUUGUUUUUGUGUUCUAAAACUGGUCAAAUUCAACCUAUGCCAGUUGCAUAUGUGAUGCUUUUAGCUGUAGGGGUAGAAACCCUACACUAGUCUUUUAGUAUAGUGGAUACUGCCAUAAAGAUAUUAUAAUCAUCCCCAUUGGCAAAAAGGAGGACUAUUAUACUAUUAACAAAAACAAAAUACAACAUAAGCAAUCAUAAGAUUAUUAUUGUUCAAUAUAUACCAUUUUAAUGCCAACCUGUGUAUUAUAAACUUGUUCUACUAUAUUACUGAAACUAGUGUCUCCGCUACUGUAUUUAUUAAUCUUGUGUGGUGGAAUCAAUCCAUUGGUUUGUUACAUUUUAAUCCACUGUAUUUGUUUCUUUCAGCUGAGACAGUCUCAGUCCUACUGUACAGACACUGAAUGCUUACAGGAAUGUGAGUAUAUGAACUCCUGUCAGCACUAUCUGCCCUACUCUUCAUGGGGCUCUCUGCAUUAAUACCAAAACUCUCAACUGAUUACCUUUGCUUUUUACUUGGUAGAAAUACAUUUUAUUUUAAUUAGGACUCAAUAAAAGUGAGUUUCAGAAUUUCUCAAAUUCAAAUCAUUCAGCAGCAAAGCAAAAACAACAAUCCUAUUUUUUUUUAUUAUAUAUUUUGAGUAACAAUACAUGGGGGUUCAGCCUAGAACAUGGAUAUUUGUCCAUUUCCCAUAAAUCUUAGUUUUUUUCCCCCCUUUUUGUACACAUGAGACCACUUGAAUAUGAUCUGUGCAGCAACCUCUUGUGCCAUAUCAUUCUACUACAUAGAUGUCAAACUCGCGGCCCUCAACUAAUAUGUUUGCAGCCUGCGAGGGAGCACAGAGUGUAAGCUCUCCGUGCUCAGCUUCCCGCAGUGAGGACGGGAGCCGGAAUAUGAAGUCACUCUGGCUCCCGGCAUCCCUCUGCGUAGCUCGAGGGAGCUGAGCAGGAAGAGCUCAAAAUCAAUGCUUCCUCGCUGCCUGUCCACCCCCCUGCCUGCCUGAAUGUACAUCUGCUUAACAGCCCCACUAGACACCAGGUAAGAAAUCCACCCAGCUCUCCCAAAGGUAGGGAGGCUGAGUGGAUUUAAAUAAAAAAAUAAAAAAGUGUUGGGGGAAAAUGUGUGUGUGGGUGUAUGGCUCUCUGUGUGUAAUAUAUAUAUAUAAACUCAGCCUGUAUAAACUCAGACUUACCUCCAUACCAGGCCGACGACUUUUUGGUCGCUUCCGGUUCCAGAGACAGUCUUCCUCGUGGUUUCUUGUGCCCAACAGUGGUUUUUUUUUUUUGACUCCCAGAGCUUCUCCGACCCCAGGAAAAUACAUUCCCAUCGGCCACAUCUACUGGGAUUCCUUUUAGCCUCGUCCCCAGUACACUUGACGCACUCCCGGGUCAGUCGUCAGGCACCCGGAAACAGUUAGUACAAACCACACAAAUUACGUGCUUACACACGAACCACGCUAACAUGUACGAAUACCUCUGUACACGAACGGUUACUUUAAGUACGACUAGUUACAUAGACUGUUUAUACGAAUGAUUAUUCACACGACCGGGUAUCCAUACGAAUGACUGAUCAUACGAACGGCCACUCAUACGAACAGCUAUUCAUGCGAGCAGCGGUUCAUGUAAACAGCUAUUCAUACUACGUUUAAUUACACGGACGACUAUUCAUUUGAACAGAACUCAUACAAACGACUAAAGUUAUACGUACGACAAAAUAUCAAAAUUGGUGAAGUUCACUAACCAUUCAUACAAAUGGAGGUUGUCAGACGAACGCAUAGUGCACGAAUGAACACACUAAACGAACAAACGUAUGAAACAUGACUCAUACACAGUCUCAAAGCUACACCGCCAUCUACCGGCAGAAAUCGGGCAUGACAGCCUCAGUUAAACAAUAAUAAGCUUACAACAGGCACCAAAACGGUUACGCUUGCCCAAACCCUAUAAAUCCUAUGAGGUGUGUGUAUAUGUGUAUAUAUAUAUAUAUAUAUAUAUAUAUAUAUAUAUAUAUAUAUAUAUAUAUAUAUAUAUAUAUAUAUAUAUAUAUAUAUAUAUAUAUAUAAAUUAAUUAGGUCUCAAAUUUCACAGAGGGUUCCACACUGGGCUAAUUGGUAUGCUGGAAUGUAACAAUCUACAGUCGGCAACUUUAGACCCCACCACAGUGAAUACACUCCUGUACAAGAAAGUUAAGAAAGGCUUCAUGAUCAGGCCAUUUCAUAUGCCCCCGUUCACCUGUUGGCGUACCAAUCCUAUAGGUAUCGCCACAGGGAAGUACAAUAAUAAAAAACGCCUGUCGGCUCCUCAUUCUGUUGUCACACCUAGCCUCAACGCACUCAUACUGUCAGAUGAAUUCUCCCUGUAGUAUGCCACAGUAGACAAAGCCAUAGAGGCAAUAUUGGAGGCAGGGAAAGCAGACAUUUCCAAUGCCUUCAAGCUGCUCCCAAUACGCCAGUCACUGUGGCAUCUACAUGGAGUAAAAUGGAAAGACUGGUACUUUUGCUGUUCGACUAACUUUUGGAGCAAAAAGCAGCCCAAAGUUAUUCAAUUUAUUCGCAGAGACACUAUGUUGGUUGUUGUUAAAUAUAGUGGGUUGUCCAGUUGUUAUCCACUAUGCUGACUUCCAUACAGUAGAGAAACACAAGUCUGUCCCACGAGCAUUACUAAAACUGUGGCACUAUUUGCUACUCUUGGAGUGCCGGUUGCCUUGGACAAAACAGUGGGGCCCGUCACUAAGUUGUCUUUUCUCGGGAUAUGCCUAGACUGUCACCAUGCAGGCUAGCCUCCCCGAAGACAAGGUUCAGCGAAUCAGGACAGAGAUAGACCUGUUUCUCAACAGAGGUACUACCAACCGGAAAAACCUACAGUCUAUACUUGGUUCUCUGAACUUUGCGAUGAGAAUUAUUCCUCAAGGACGCUUGUUCAUAUCUAGUAGCCUACUACCCAAAUUACUUAAUGAUCUCAGCACAGUCACUCUCGACCAACAUGCCAGGUCAGACUUGGCUAUGUGGAGACAAUUCUUGUCUCAGUGGAAUGGACAGAGUUUUCCCCAGUAUUAUGGACUGACGCCACAGCCCACUCAGGGUACACAGCCAUUUUUAGCAACAGGUGCUUUAGAGGCACACACGGACGGACUGGGAUUUAGUAGCCGAGGGGGGAGGGGGACGGACGGGGAUUUAGUAGCCAUGAGGGGACUGGGAUUUAGUAGUUAAGGGGGCGGGACUGGGAUUUAGUAGCAGAGGAGGGAGGGGGUGGAGCUGGGAUUUAGUAGCAGAGGGGUGGGGGUAGACUGGGAUUUAGUAGCCGAGGGGGGUGAGGACGGGACUGGGAUUUAGUAGCCGAGGGGGGUGAGGACGGGACUGGGAUUUAGUAGCCGAGGGGGGUGAGGACGGGAUUGGGAUUUAGUAGCCGAGGGGGGUGAGGACGGGACUGGGAAUAAGUAGCCGAGGGGAAGAAACUAGGAUUUAGUAGCUGAAGGGGGAGGACACACUAAGAUUUAGUAGUUGAAGGGGUGGGGGACACUUAAGAUUUAGUAGCUGAAGGGGGUACUGGGAUUUAGUAGUCAAGGGGGUCGCUUUUUUUUUUUUUUUAAAUACUGUAUUUUUCAAAAUAAACACAAGUUUCUAUGAAAAUUUACAUUUUUUUUGCAACCCACAUAAACUUAAAACCUUGUUUAUUUGGCCCUUUCUAGUCUUUGAGUUUGACAUGCUUGUUCUAGGAUAUUAAAAUAAAUUUAAAGGGGGACUGCUAACACGAGUCAAUGGAAGAUGCCAAUGGCAUCUUUCCUUCACUUGCUUGAGAUUUACCCAUUCCUUCUUACAUUUAGGAGUGGUCACAUUUGUAAUUUCCAAAUAAGAAUGAACAAGGAUUGCAAAGGAGUCAGAACAAAUCCCUGGGAAAUCUUGGAAAGUGAGACAAUGAUAUGAUUUUUUUAAAAUUCUACUUCAGGUGGCCUACUUUCAAUGCCCUGGCUUGCUGAUACCUGACUAGCAAAUUGACACUGACCGAACAGGCACCCUGUCUGUGCAUGCUGUGAGAUGUUCCCAUGUUUUAUUAUACUAAAGCUGUGGCCUGAUGGUCUAUUCCUCACACCUAAUCACAUAAUCUUACAACUGUGUCUGUUCUAUUAGAUUAGAACAGCUGCUAUUCUGAAAUUAUGAAACAUGACAAAAUGAGUCGUUUCUGUGAAGGCGCAGUAAGCCUGAUCUAAUGGAAGGUUUUGGCUGUGUGCGCUGUCAGUGUUAAAGGGAUAUUCCGUGCACAUUGACCCCAUCACUGAUUUAAAGUGGUCAUGGUUGGGGUCUGUAUGUGCAGCGUUUAACUAUGAAUUGCUGCACAUACUUCAGGUCAGCAAGUGUUCAGGGCUGGCUAAUGUCAGUUCUGUGCAAAUUGGACAUCUGUCAUCAGCAUGCGGGCGACACACAGCACAGGCCUAAAAUGCACAUGUUUUGUCCUUGUACCUUUUCAGAAACCACUUAUUGAUGCAGAAAGCAAACGUUUACACAGAAGAACGUGGCACUGGCAUUUAAUCUGUAAUGCAUAGAGCAAUUAGUCAUACGUGACUCAUAUACACACACACACAAGAAAAAAACAAACAUAAAAAGUAUGUAAAAUGUACCCUGCCCCAAAAUAGCAAUUUCAGGUGUAAUAAGUCAUGUAAUAAACCUCUCCCCGUUACUCUUUCAGCAAGGAGAGUCCAAGGAAACACCUGUUGUGAGAAAAUCCUUUACCCUGAAGGCAAGCCAUUUUAAAUGGUGGUUUGUAAUUGUGUAAACAUCAGUUGUUUGGGUCAAAGAAUAGUUUGGUUUGAAUUCUUUAAAAUUAGACACUAAUUACACACUGUAGAUAACUGCUUAAAAUAUUCUGCAUAAUUAUACAUUGUUUUUCUUUUGUUUUUCUUUUUAACAAGUUGAAACUCUGAACAUCCUCUAGCUUCUAAAUUAUUUUCACUAGUCCUACUUAAAUCAGUAUACGGAGCAUGAUGUCUACAGCUAAUAUCCAGCUCCAAGAUGACUCCGCUGUUGCCACUUGCUCUUCCUCAUUCGUCAUCAGUAUGCCUUGCUAACGUCUCCUGUGAUGAUAUAAAACUCAAUGCUCCCCAUGGCAUAGAGCAGGGAUACACAACCUUCGGCACUCCAGAUGUUGUGGACUACAUCCCGCAUAAUGCUCUUACACACAUAAUGCUGGCAAAGCAUCAUGGGACGUAGUCCAAAACAUCUGCAAUGCCGAAUGUUGCCUAUGCCUAGCAUAGAGAAUAGAAUUGGAGACAAGAUACACAUGCACUGCCAAAUGCCAGACUCCUUUAAUCAAAUGCUGCUCUGCGGACAUUGUUGUGAGGACAGCGUUUUACAUAGAAGUGUUAAAAUUACAGGACACUGCACCCAGAACCACUUCAUUGAAAUGAACUUGUCUGGGUGACUUUAGUGGUUCUUUAAACAUAAAAAAUAAAGGGACAGCUACAACCCUAAUUUGUGUUUGUGUUGCAUGGCAUUGUUAUUUAAAAUUUUUACCACUUAUACACUGCUGCUGAAUAUGUUGGCCAUCUAUACAUAAUAUUGCUGUAACUAAAAUUUAUAUAAACAUACCUUUUUUUUUUCUUUUUUUUGUUCCCCAUUGAUGCCAAGCUAUCUUGUGAUUGCAUGAGUUUAGUUUGUGUCCUGGCAUCACUUUUUGUUUGAAGUCUAGAUUUUGACCUUGCAAGAUAACAAAAGCAAUCAAUCAGUAAACCUUUAAAAUAACUCUCUGGGCAGCAAUACAACUUUAGUGCAUUUGAUAGUAUUUUGUCUAAUAGUUAUGCUGUCUGUUUUUCCACAUUGACAACUCUUCAGUUUUGUUUAAUAAAUAUGAACAGUCCAUUCAGAAAGUAUUCAGACCCCUUAAUUUGUUAACAUGUUGCAGCCUUACAAUUUGUUUCCAUUCCCAUGAAUAUAUACCCAGUAUUUAUUAAUUAAAAAAGUUUUUGGAAAACAUUGAGAUUUUUAUUUAUUUUAUUUUAAAUAUCACAUUGACAUAAGUAUUCAGACCCUUUGCUAUGACCCUAUGAUGGAUCAUCUUUGAAAUGUUUCUACACUAAUUGGAGUCCACAGAAUUAAUUGAAUGGACGUGAUUUGGAAAGGCAGACACCUGGGCGCAAAAAACAAAAAAUCCCUGUGCUAAGGAAGAGUAGGUACAUGCUUACCAGGUCAGCCGGUGCCUACUCUACCCAAAUGUAAAAGAGGGGCGAGCAGCAAGGGAGCUCUGUACUAUAUUUUCUGUGCCUUUUCUACUCCCACAUACACCCUAUAGUGAUUGUUGGAGCCAAAAUGUGAUGUCACACUGACCCAGUCAUCACACAGAACACGCAAUGCACAAAGAUCAGAGCAGCUACCCACUGGACCCAAGGGAGUAGGGUGACUGGAUGGACCUAAACAAAAAAAUGAAAUAAAAAUUUGUGUGUGAGAGAGAGUGUUUGUGAGCAUGUUUGUCUGUUUCAGGAGGGAUAAGCCAAAUGGCAAAUGAUUUAGGUAAACUAGAAAAAUGGUCAGAAUUGUGGUAACUGGCAUUUAAUGUGGACAAGUGCAAGAAAAUGCAUCUUGGAUGUAAAAACCCAAGGGCAGAGUACAGAAUAUUUGAUAGAGUCCUAACCUCAACAUAUGAGGAAAGGGAUUUAGGGGUGAUUAUUUCUGAUGACUUAAAGUAGGCAGACAAUGUAAUAGAGCAGCAGGAAAUGCUAGCAGAAUGCUUGGUUGUAUAGGGAGAGGUAUUAGCAGUAGAAAGAGGGAAGUGCUCAUGCCAUUGUACAGAACACUGGUGAGACCUCACUUGGAGUAUUGUACACAGUACUGGAGACCGUAUCUUCAGAAGGAUAUUGAUACCUUAGAGAGGGUUCAGAGAAGGGCUACUAAACUGGUUCAUGGAUUGCGGGAUAAAAUUUACCAGGAAAUUUUAAAGGAACUUAAUGGACCACUCUAGGCACCCAGACCACUUUAGCUCAAUGAAGUGGUCUGGGUGCCAGGUCCAUCUAGGGUUAACCCUGCCUGCUGUAAUCAUAGCAGUUUCAGAGAAACUGCUAUGUUUACAUAUGGGUUAAUCCAGCCUCUAGUGGAUGUCUCAUUGACAGCCGCUAGAGGCGCUUCCCACUGUGAGAAGACGCCAGUGUCCAUAGGAAAGCAUUGAGAAUGCUUUCCUAUGGACUGACUGCGCAUUCAGUCGAAGAGGGAGGAGAGUCCCCAGCGCCGAGGGAGCCCGGCACUGGAGAAAGGUAAGUGUUUAACCCCUUCCUCCCCUUAGAGCCCGGCGGUAGUGGGACCCUGAGGGUGGGGGGGACCUAAAGACCAUAUAGUGCCUGGAAAACAAGUUUGUUUUCCUGGCACUAUAGUGGUCCUUUAACAUGUAUAGUUUGGAGGAAAGACAAGACGUGGGAUAUGAUAGAAACAAUACAUAAAGGGAAUCAACACAGUAAAGGAGGAGACUAUAUUCAAAAGAAGAAAAACUACCACAACAAGAGGACAUAGUCUUAAAUUAGAGGGGCAAAGGUUUAAAAUAUCAGGAAGUAUUACUUUACUGAGAGGGUAGUGGAUGCAUGGAAUAGCCUUCCAGCUGAAGUGGUAGAGGUUAACACAGUGAAGGAGUUUAAGCAUGCGUGGGAUAGGCAUAAGGCUAUCCUAACUAUAAGAUAAGGCCAAGGACUAAUAUGCGGUCACAUUUUAUGUUCCUAUGUGUGUAUGUACCUGUAUGCCUGACAGAGUGUGUGUGUGUGUGUGUGUAUUUGCACGUCUGUACUGAAAUUUAGCCAUUUUUCCUUCCAGCCCCUUUGACCUAAAUUAUGUAAUUUGUCUAUUUCUUUACAAUUUCCUUUUAUAAACCAACAACUGGUAAAAUUCAAUAAAAUGGUAGAAUUUGUGGAUUUCUUUUCUAACACAAUGAACAAUCCUCCUAAAGCCCAGAUCAUUACAAAAUCUAAAGAAGUGCUCACCCCUACCAUUUACCUGUUGAAUACUGAACUGUAUAAUCUAUAAAAUACGACAUUCUUGUGUAGCUCUAAAAUUGUGCCUUUUCUGUAUAUGCCCUCUUACUUUUUGUCAAUGGUAUUUCUUAUGAUGCCCACUCCCUAUCAUUUAAUUGCAUCAUAUGUCCUCCUUGAAUAAGUUUUCUGAUCCUUUUUUAUGCAAUGAGUGCGCUUCACAAGGAGUAUUUGAUUACUCACGGCUGUAGGGAACCUGCCUGUCAAGGUGUGUUAAGGAAUGUGUAUAAUCUUUCCCCCCAAUAGAUUGAAGCACAGAAAUUCUGGUUUCUGCUCAAAUUCUCAGUAGGUGUUCCUUAUCAGAGUAAAGCAUGCUUCUUAAUCAUAUGGUAGUGGUGACAAAAUACCCAAGGGUGGUGUAUUAAUAAUGCUUGUGCAAGUCACUGCGUCAGUAGGGUUGGUUACUUUGAGAAGAUGUUUCUGCUGUCAUUGUCGAGCCAAUCCUUACAUCGUUACCUUUUAGUCAUACUGCCUAUUCAUGGCACUGGGAAUGUCUGUCUUUGCUGUUUUUAAGAGAUUAGGGCUGUUUGGUAUUUGGUAACACAUCAAGGUUUGUUUAAGAAAACCAAUGUUUUUGCAAAGAUUUGGAUUAUUGGUGGAGGAUUUUUAAAGCACAUUGAUUGCAACAGAUUAGUUGAAAAUCUGAAAUAUGAGAAGUGAAAGGAGAUUGUAAUGUUAAAUAAAACAGGUCUGUCCAGUCCCGCCAGACUGCAUUCAGAGAUCUGCCUAGCAUUCAAAUGUUACUUUUAUUUUUAAUGUGAUUUAGGAGAAAACCUGCCGUGGCAGAUUGUGCAACUGUUGGAGGAGGAUGGCUUGUAUUUCCAAUUGUGAUUUGCAAGUAGUUAUGGUAUCUGAUGUGCUCCUUUAAAAUGGGAAAUGUCACUUCCGCUAUUUUAAAGGUUUAUACAUUUCAACAAAAAAUUUAUUUGCAAAAUGUAAAAAUUUAGCUAAAUGUGGAGAUGCAUCCUUCUGUCAUACAUUAUUUUAGGCGUUCUGUCCUUCACCUAGCAGUCAGCAUGCAGAAAGUGCUUAGAAUGUACUUUUACGGUGCACUGCUCAUCCCUAAGGUUAAAACGAAAUCUAAUCUACAAUGCAUUUUAAUUUGUUGGGUGGCAAGUGUUAAGUCACAAAGCAGGUGUACCUGGAUAUGAAACCAAGAGUAACUUAGUAGCCUGGUUAGGGGGUUUAUUUCAUUUUUCCUUUUGGGGAGGGAAAAAGUAAGUCUCCUAGAGAUAUCAACCCCUCAACAUUACGGUGUGCCUAUUCCGUCCUACAAAUGGAGGGCUUUAACGUCAUUAAGGUGGCAUAGCACACCCUAAUGAUCGUGAACACGCGGGAAUCCAAAUACUUACCCUCUGUGGCAAUCUGAAUCUGAGUGCGUGACAACCAAGGCAGUACCCCUGCAGCAAAUCCUGCCCAUCAGUGUUAUGUGACACCGCGAUCACAUGACUGGAUCGGCUUGAUGACAUUGCCUGCAGGGGGACUGGGGUGCUCAGGCAGAUCCCCUAACAUGGAAAAACCACAAUUAUGAAAAAAAUCUCAGAUGAUCAAAUGAUAUUGUACAUUGUGUCAUUUAAACAAAAAUAAAGUCUAAAUGGAGAAGCCAGUGAAAGUACACCUUUUGAUUCAGUAGCUUUUAGAACCACCUUUUGUAGCAAUAACGUGAAGUAAUCGUUUUCUGUAGAGUCUGAGAUGGAACUCUUGGGUUUUAUGCAAUUUCACUGAGGAUCGGUAUGAUCUUGGAGUGAAUUUGCUGGGAUGUCCACUCCUGUGAUUGGCAACUGUCUUGAAUGUUUUCCACUUUUGCAUAAACUCACUGUAGAAUGAUAGACUUUAGAUUGUUUGGAAAUGGCCUUAUAACUCUUCCUAGUUUGAUGUGCAGCAACAAUUGCUUCUCUAAGAUCAUUGCUGAUGUCUUCUCUCUUUUGCAUUGUGUGAACACACGAGUUCUCCAGACCAGCCAACUUAAUAUUUUGGCCUUUAUAGAGGUGGUCACAUUUGCUGAUGAUCAAUUAAUCAAGAGCAUACUUUGUUUUUCCCACACAUUGCUUCUCCAUUUUGGCAUUUUUUGUUAAAUCAUGACACAGUGUAAUGUGUCAUGUGUUGGGUUGUAUUUACCUAAUUUGAAAUCUGUCAGCGGAUUUGAUUUCCAUUUUUUAGUACUGUUCUUACCCUGAUUACUUCAUACAUUUAUAAUUUUGUUUGUUUUCUGAAGUACCGGGACCAAACUCCUCCGGAGAUGCUGGAUUUAGUAUUACGAUGAUUCUGAUGGCCUGGCUUGUGAUUGGUUUCACGUUAUUCUUGUUAAGACCACGAAGUCUCAGAGGAUCCAGAUCAACUGGAAAGCCUAGCAGUCCACAUAAUGUAAGUAUUUUUAGGCUUUCAUUGGCUACCAAUAGUAAUGAGUUCUUAAUGGAUUGUUCAUUAUUGGAAUUCCGUUAUAACACCAUGUUGCUGCUUUGGUCUUAUCUUUACAUUGUGCAGCCACUUUUGGCACAUGCUUUCUGGGCGAGGCAUACCCUUUAUUUAAAAAUAGCCUUUUAUCUUUCCAUUUACUGGUAAUUUAGCAAUAACUGGUUUUGCUACAAAUAUGGCCUAUCUAAAGUAGAUCCAAAGUAGUCCAUUGUAUCCAUGUGUUGGAUGACUGUCCCUUUAAUAUAUUUCUGAUAUUAAACAACAUGACCACAUUCCUUUAACAGAGCUCAUUAAUGGUUAAUAAGAAGUAUGUUAAUUAGUUUCAGUUUUAACAUGUUAGCAAGUUGCAAGCACUUUCCAAUUAUUAUACAUACUGGUAAGCUACUAUGCUUUUUCUAAAAUAACGUCUAUUUAAUAGUCAUAGAUUUAUUUGCAUCCUACUGUGUUUAUUACAUCUAAUAUGAAUAAUGGUGUGUUUUUGGUUUUUAAUGUGUUUUGGUUCUUUUUAUUUAUUUAUUUAUUUUACCCUCUAAAAUACCCGAAUUAUUCAACCUUUUUAAUCUCUAACAGGAUUUAUAGAAAUAAAUACCAUUUAAUUGAAAUAGUAAUUGUUUCACUAUAUUUAGCAAUUAGUCAGUGAAGUUUAUUCAAUCUCAUUUCAGAACCAAGGACCUGAGCCUCCAGCCCCACCUGUAGACUAGCCCAUUUCAGGCCCUCUGGACGGCUACAAGUUUGCAUGACCAAAUUUAAACAAAAAAAUGACCAGACUACUCUCAAAUCAACCAUUCUGUCUCCUCUCCUGUGUGUAUGCAGCCAAUGACACUGACUAUAUCAAAGACUCUUCCAAAAUGUUAAAAUGGAUCAAGGCAUCCAGUUCUGGAAUCAAUGACCUGUUCCCACUGUAAUGUAGUGAUUGUAUACAUUUCAAGCAAACUGGUUAAAUGCAUUUUAUACUAUUAUACUGUGCCACAAGUUUCUGAUAUUUUCAACACAGUGUUCAAACGUGCUAAAUUUAUUAAUUUACAGAGAAAGUAUUUUGUCACAUUUUAAAAAUGGUCUUCAAUGGGCUAUAGUUUUUAAAGAUCCUUGUGCAGUCCUGUUUUAUUUAUGUAAGCAAACCGGUUCUUAUACAGUGUAUCUGCUAUCAUUAUGCUAUGAAACUUGGUACACUCCAGCUGUUUAGAUAUCAUUCCUAUGUUUUU